CUGGAAUGCACCUGAAAUUGAGCUACCAGACAACGAGUUCAUUGAGUUUUUGGAUCUUCAGACAAACGAUACCAACCCAUAUUUCUCAACAGGGGGUUCUCUGGUCUCUCGACACUCACCUCUGAUUGACCAAGAAUUUCAAAUCAAUUGGUCAAUACCAGCAUUGCCGACGCCUAACCCUCACUCACUUACUAAAAGAUCAACAGCAAAUGUUGGUAUGGAGCGAACUGCCACGCUCGUACUACAUACACUAAAAUCCUAUGUCCUGAGUAUGCUGCGCCACAAGUCUCUUCCACCAUUUAUCCAUCCGUCUUUGGUAUCCGCCGAAUUUCUCAUGGAGCCACUGAUGAACUGCACCAAUUUGGUGCAUAUGAUAGGUGGCGAAAUGAAAGGAAGUCGAAAGCUGUUCUGGAGAAAUGUACGCAUGGAGUGUGAGCGAAUGUGCGAUGAGAGUCUGACAUUGUCAAAAUGGGAGCUGCUUGCUGCUAUGCAAGCCCUAGCUAUUUACAUUAUUAUCCGGCUCGACGAAGGAGAAACAGAGUACAAUGGGUUUGAUCCACUUUUAAUCGCGACCGUGACAGCAAUGGCUCAAAAGCUAUCCGAAAGUCACAUUGCGGGAAAGUAUAGUCUCGACGGAACUUGGAAAGAUUGGCUUUUUGAGGAAUCAGGACGAAGAUUAUCGGUUAUUUACAAAGUUUUCAACAUGUUGUUUUACUUUGAUCCGGCAGUAAUGUGCAGUUUACCAACGGAUCUAGUUCUCGCACCCCUACCGGCGAGGAAACCGCUUUGGGAAGCAGGUAAUGAGGCUGUGUGGAAAUCAGAAAGACAAAGGGAAGGCGGAGUUCAGAUCGAAUUUGGAUUGGCUAGCAGCGGGGAGAUAGUCAAACUUGGUGAGCAUUACAGUGGAGCUGUGAUGGUUCAUACAUCUAUUACCGCGAAGAGCCCAGCGAGGACUAGCGCAAGAUGGGAGGAGUGGUGCGAGGGAAUGGACGGGCUUGGUGGGCUUGUUAUGCUUGCUGCUUCUAUGGUAGUAUAG